CUUUCCCCAAGUAUGUAACUUUGCUCCUACCGUUAGGUGAAGCUUAAAGAGACCAUGUUCUUUCUCAGAUCCAGAACACUCAUCUUACUUGAGGUUCCUCCUCUAACUCUUCCUUCUACUGAUACUACACAGCUUCUUCACAAUGCUUUUUGUUCAAAGGAUGUUCCAGGAGCACAUCAUCCGCAGAGGCCGGAGGUAUUUUAGAAGGCUUAACUCUUGGCUUUUGAACUCCACGAUGCAGUCUUAUUGGGAUGAGAUUGAAAUUUUCAAGAAUAAGGUGUUUGAUAAACUGACUGCAAAAGAUGAGAAGGUGUUGGAGAUUGGUAUUGGGACAGGUCCUAAUAUGAGAUACUUCGCUGCUCGUAAUGUGAAUGUAAACCUUAUUGGGUUGGAUCCAAACCCUAAAAUGAAGAAGUAUGCACGCAAAGCCGCUGUGAGAUCAGGAUUGAAUCCCAAAAACUUUAGAUUCAUGCAAGGAGUAGGAGAGGCUAUACCAUUAGACGAUGGUUCAGUGGAUGCAGUCGUUGCAACACUUGUUCUAUGUACUGUCUCUGAUGUCACUAAAACACUCAAUGAAAUCAAGCGAGUGCUGAGACCAGGAGGGAGUUUCAUCUUCUUAGAACAUGUUGCAGCAGAAGAUGGUUCUCUCUUCAGGCGUUUGCAGAAACUGUUGGAUCCAUUGCAGCAGAUAUUAGCAGAUGGAUGCCAUUUGACAAGAAACACGAGAGAGUGCAUCUUGGAAGCUGGUUUCAGCGGUGGUGCUGAAAUAGAGACGGUGUCAAUGUAUAGUUUCCCGUGGAUAACAAGACCACAUAUCUAUGGAGUAGCUUACAAGUAAAGCUAUAUAUCAAGUAUCAGCUCUGCUCAAACGCAUACAACAAUGAAUGGUGGGUGCAAGGCUUUAGACGGAUUUUGAACUCUGAGAAAGUUAUGUUUGAUGUUGUAACCGAGUGUUGUUUCAUCAAAAAAGGAAAUAAGAGGAAGAUGCCAACUUUCUUGAUAAUUUUGUAUAAGACAACAAGUCAUACGAAUAUUUUUUUAAUUCAACUGCCUUUACACGUGCCUUUGU